CCCGCCCGGACUCCGCUUCCCAGACCCAGAGGACGGGAGUCAUGGGGUGGCGAAUCCUCCUCCUGCUCAUCUCGGGGGUCCUGGUCCUGACCGAGACUCGGGCGGGCCCCCACUCCCUGAGGUAUUUCGGCACCGCCGUGUCCCGGCCCGGCCUCGGGGAGCCCCGCUUCAUCUCUGUCGGUUACGUGGACGACACGCAGUUCGUGCGGUUCGACAGCGACUCCCCGGAUCCGAGGAUGGAGCCGCGGGCGCGGUGGGUGGAGCAGGAGGGGCCGGAGUAUUGGGAUCGGAACACGCGGAGAGUCAAGGACGCCGCACAGACUUUCCGAGCGAACCUGAACACCCUGCGCGGCUACUACAACCAGAGCGAGGCCGGGUCUCACACCGUCCAGGUGAUGUACGGCUGUGAUGUGGGGCCUGACGGGCGUCUCCUCCGCGGGUAUGAGCAGCACGGCUACGACGGCAGAGAUUACCUCGCCCUGAACGAGGACCUGCGCUCCUGGACCGCGGCGGACGCGGCGGCUCAGAUCUCCAAGCGCAAGUUAGAGAAGGAAGGUGUUGCGGCGCGUGUGAGGAUCUACCUGGAGGGCCGGUGCGUGGAGUCGCUCCGCAGAUACCUGGAGACCGGGAAGGACAUGCUGCUGCGCGCAGACCCUCCAAAGGCACAUGUGACCCGACACCCCAUCUCUGACCGUGACGUCACCCUGAGGUGCUGGGCCUUGGGCUUCUACCCUGAGGAGAUCUCACUGACCUGGAAGCACAAUGGGGAGGACCAGACCCAGGACAUGGAGCUAGUGGAGACCAGGCCUUCAGGGGACGGGACCUUCCAGAAGUGGGCGGCCCUGGUGGUACCUUCUGGAGAGGAACAGAGAUACACAUGCCGUGUGCAGCAUGAGGGGCUUCAGGAGCCCCUCACCCUGAGAUGGGAAUCUCCUCAGCCCUCCGUCCUCACCAUGGGCAUCAUUGUUGGCCUGGUCCUCCUUAUGGUGGCUGUGGCGGCUGGAGCUGUGAUCUGGAGGAAGGAGCACUCAGGUGAAAAAGGACAGAUCUACACCCAGGCUGCAAGCAGUGACAGUGCCCAGGGCUCUGAUGUGUCUCUCACGAUUCCUAAAGUGUGAGAUGCUGCCUUGUGGGGACUGGGUGAUGCUGCAUCCCGCUAUGUGACAUCAGAUCCCCAGACCCCUCUUUCUGCAGCUGCAUCUGAAUGUGUCUGUGCCUAGUAGCAUAACAUGAGAAGCUGGGGAGACUGAUUACCCCUGCCCACUGCGCCCACUCCCGCCCUUACCUGUGUUCUCCUCCCUGAUAUACUGUCCUGUUCCAGCAGAGAUGGGGCUGGGCCGUCUCAAUCCCUGUCUUUGCUUCAUAUGCACUGAGUAAUGAUGUCUUAUUUCCUCUUUGAAAAUAAAAUCUGUAUAUAUGAAUCUGUUUUUCUAAUUGGUGCCAUGAAGGGGGAUUGGAUAAUAAAGGUGAGGAUUCCUAAAGUUUGAAAGAGGAAAUAAACUGAAACAUUGAGAACCUUCCAGAUCCAUCCACAGGUUUGCUGUGCUGAGUCAGCUGCAGGAAGGAAAGGCGGAGGCUGUGAGGAGCUGAGUGUGGACAGGGCCUGUGCCCAGUCAGUGAUCCGUGCCUGGUGGGCAUGCAUGCAGUGUCCAUGCACUGCCCAUGGUCACUCCUUGGCUGGGUCCUCGUCUCCAUUCCUUUGUCCUUGUCCCUUCAGUAAAUCCUUGUCCCACCAAGGACCUGUGAUGAUGGACUCCGAAGUCACCUGAGCCAUGUUGUAUCUCCAGCACCAUGGACAGGGUGCUUUACUUAAACGAUAAUCCUAGGAUCAGGGCUUGGACCUAUCCUUAGCUCCUGUCAUUUUUGAAUGUGUUUAUAUUUUGCUUAUUUACUUAUUGCUAUUCUUGUUGUUGGUGUAAUGACUGUUCUUUUCAUGUGUAGAGUCCUGGUCUCAUUCUUCUCCGGGUGACCACAUCUCUGACAGCAGCAGGGGUCACUUUGCCUGUCAUUGUCCCCACAAGUGCAAGGGGACCAUGCACACAGGAUUCUCAGUGGUUCCAAGAGAGAAAUUUCAGAGCCAUCCAGCUCUUGCCCUCCUAGAGAUUUUGCUGGUUUCUUCUUUCCAACGUUUCUCCAUCUUUUUAAAGGAACCACAUGCUGGAACUUGCAAAGAGGAGAGACCCAAUAGUUUCAUAUCUUGACUUAAUUCUUAUUGGACUUUUCUCUUCUCUGCAGUCUGCCCCUUCUUCUGCCCUUACAUCUUCUAAGGCUACUGUUGGCUCCCAUCUCAACACAUGGAUUUAGAAAGCAGAGUCUAAUAAAAUCACAGCAGGUUGAAUAUA